UAUUGUUAUUCUUUUGUGUUUGUUUCGGAAGUAUGGGUUGUUUUGGCUUACGGGAUAACGGAUGAUAACUUAGUCUGCAGUCAUCGCUUUGAAUCAUCUUUUAAUUGAUUCCUGAUCCAGUGCCAGGUUUUUCAGCGGCCUCUGUCUGUGUCUGGCAGCAGCGCAGCAUGAAAGCAGUGGGAAACAGAAACACUAUGGCUGCCACUCUGUCUCUUACUCAGCUCUCCAGUGGAAAUCCCAUCUAUGACAAAUACUAUCGACAGGUUGAUCCGACUGGCAGUGGGCGGGUGGCAGCAGCUGAUGCAGCCUUGUUUCUGAAGCGGUCGGCCUUAGCUGACUUGGUCCUGGGGAAGAUCUGGGAUUUGGCAGACUCUGAACGUAGAGGUGCUCUCAACAAGCAGCAAUUUUUCAUAGCGUUGCGGUUGGUAGCCUGUGCUCAAAAUGGCCUGGAGGUGGCACUCAAGAGCCUCAAUGUGGCUGUUCCUCCCCCAAAAUUUCAUGACACAAGCAGCCCGCUGUUGGCAGCAGGAGGAGGAGUUGCUGUUGACAUUCCCUGGGUCGUCAAGCCUGAGGAGAAAAUGAAGUUUGACUCCAUCUUUGACAGUCUGGGUCCAGUUGGAGGGAUUCUAACAGGAGACAAGGUCAAGCCUGUUCUGCUCAACUCCAAACUGCCAGUGGACAUCCUUGGCAGGGUGUGGGAGCUCAGUGACAUCGACAGAGAUGGCACGUUGGACAGAGAUGAAUUUUCUGUGGCCAUGUAUCUGGUGUAUAGAGCCCUGGAGGGGGAGCCUGUUCCCAUGUCCCUACCACCUCCCCUGGUUCCACCCUCCAAGAGGAAAAAACCCUCGGUGCCUCCUGUGAUGCCCCUGUUACCCUCGCCCCCCUCAGUCAAAGACAGUCGAUCCUCCCACGCUGGCAGUAAGACCAUGCCCCCUCCCCCUAAACCCGCCCCAGCUCCUGCACCAACACCAGCAGCUGCCCCUUGGGUGGUGUCGCCAGCAGACAAAGCAAAGUAUGAUGAGCUCUUCAGCAAGACAGACAGUGACAUGGACGGACUUGUGUCUGGGCCUGAAGUCAGAGAUAUCUUUCUGAAGACCGGGCUGCCCUCUGCAACACUCGCACGCAUCUGGGAGCUUUGUGACAUUGGAGACAUUGGAAAACUGACCCGAGAGCAGUUUGCCCUGGCGCUUCAUCUAAUUAAUCAGAGGCUGACUAAAGGCCUGGAACCCCCACAGAGUCUCUCCCCAGAGAUGAUCCCUCCAUCUGACAGACAAAACAUCAAACAGAACAACGUGGCUAACCUGGCAGCUGACUUCUCUGCCAUCAAGGAGCUGGACUCUCUCAGUAAUGAGAUUGUCGAAUUACAAAGGGAGAAGAUAACUGUGGAAGAGGAGAUCAAGGAGAAGGAGGAGGCCAUCAGACAACGCAGCAAUGAAGUGCAGGACUUGCAGGAUGAGGUGGCGAGGGAGAGCGAAGUGCUGCAGCGGCUCCAGGCUCAGCGUCAGAAGGUCCAGGAGGCUUUGGAGGAGCUAGACCAACAGAAAGGCUCUCUGGAGGAGCAGCUGACUCAUAUUCGCCAGCAGACCAACCAAGAGACCAAUCUGAUUUCAUCGCUGCAGUCGGAGCAUGAGGAACAGGAACAGAAGAUAUGUCAGUUUGAGGAGGAGCUGGUCCAGGCCCGAGAAGAGCUCCUGGCUCUGCAGGAGGAGAGUCGGAGGCUGCAGGAGAAGGUCCAGGCCGCCCAGGAGCAGCUCACACCUUUGCAAGAGUCUGUCCGCGACUCCUUUACACAAGUUGCACAGGUUCAGCAGAAACUGAAUGAGCUUCAGGUGGAGGAGAGGUCAGUAACUGCCCAACUCAGCUGGAAGAGAGCCCUGGAGGACAGCUCUCCUGUCAUGGUCAACGGAUCAGCAGGCCCCACAGCAGAGCUGCACCAGGGGGACACCUUCCAGCAGGACCUCUUCCAGGAGGACCAGCCUAAAGAGCUGAAGGAGGAAGAACCAGCUGCUCUCUGCUACCAGCAGAAAGAACAGAAAGAACAUUCAGAUCAAAAGGAGAAAGAAGGUAUGAACGAAAGAGAAGAGGAAGAAGAGGAGGAGGAAGAAAGUCUGAAGACUGCAGAGGAGGAAAAGUUAAAACGUGAUGCCUUGGAUGAUCUCUAUAGCAGUCUAGCCUCCUCUGAGAUGUACAACAGUCGGUUGAAGCCACUGGAGAACACGACAAUGGAACACAGUAGCCCUACACCCGACGUCUCCUCGGAGGUCAUAUACAAUGCGGAGGAAUCAACUAGAGAGAGCCCGCCAAAGGUUGCAUCGCCAGAGCCAGAGAUCAAACUGGAGUCUGCAGAGUCCCCAGAAAGCACCCCGUCGUUGUUACCACCUCAAGUUGGCCCUCGCUCUCUGCCACCUCAAACCAGCCCUCCCUCCCUGCCUGAGAUGGACUUUUUUCAUUCGGACCCCUUUACUGACCAUGAUCCAUUCAAAGAUGAUCCAUUUGGAAAAGCAGAUGUUGCAGAUCCAUUCGGAGAAGAUCCAUUCAAAGGGUCAGACCCCUUUGCUGCAGACUCUUUCUUCCAGGCCUCCAGCGCUCCCUUUGCCUCAGACGACCUUUUCUCUGCCUCAGCUGACCCGUUUGGUACAACAACUGGCGUGCCAGAACCAGACCUGUUUGCAGCUAAGCCGAAUGAAGCAGAAGCUGCACCAUCAGCAGGCCCAGAUCCCUUCCCUUCCAAACCUACCAAUCUGGCUUUAGCAGCCAAGGAUCCAUUCAGCUCCACAGGGAACAAUAUGGCCGAUUCUGACCUGUUUGGAGGCAAAGUGAACGCCAUUGGGGAGGUGGAUCCCUUUGGUUCUCAGAACGGAGGGACAGAUCCCUUCAACUGCUCUUUACCCAGUUCUGAUCUGGCCGUGAAGGACACUGCAGCAUCAAAUGACCCGUUUGCUCCAGGUGGUACGACAGUGAACGCCAGCUCAGAUCCAGAUCCGUUUGCUGCCGUGUUUGGUAAUGAAUCAUUCGGAGGCGGCUUUGCAGAUUUCAGUGCUUUGACAAAGUCAAACGGGGCUGACCAGUUUGGCAUCAACAAUAAGAACCUGUUCCAGGAAGACAGCGAGUCUGUUGGCCCCGAUGUUCCCCCAGCUCUGCCUCCAAAAACCGGUACGCCAACUAGACCACCUCCUCCACCUCCAGGUAAGAGGUCGUCCAUCUCCAGAACUGAGUCGUGUGAGUCCUUCCAACGACGAGGGCCCUUCCUCCAACAGCCUUCAGGAGAUUUCUCCUCCUCCUCCCUGCCUGCCAAGGAUCCUUUAGCUGACCCCUUCGCCCCCUCCUCCCCUCCUCGUCACAGCGUACGGGAAGCUGACCGAUUUGCCAGCUUCGACAAACAGUGGGAUGUACCACCUUCAAUAUCCAACAGAGGAAGACAUGAUAGAGUGGGCAAAGCGCGAGAGCGAGCGAGAGGAAAAGGAACGACUUGCCAGGCUCACCCAGCAGGAACAAGAGGACCUGGAGCUGGCCAUCGCACUCAGCAAGUCUGAACUCUCUUGAGAACCCCGUCCCUCCCUUCCCUUCCCCUCCUCGUCCACUGACCUGGCUCAGCACGGCACAGCACAGCCUGGCCCAGCCCAGAAAGCACCAAAGCAAUGUGGGGACUGUAUAGGACUGACUCAGCAGCACCGGCUGACCCCAUGAAGAGAAUCUCAGAAUGAACCCAUCUCUGAAUCUUUCAGCGCCCUUCUCCCCAGACUGUGUUCAUGGUAUUGGCAUUGCGGUAUUGUGUUUUUCCAUCCUGUUGGUCUUGUUUUGCAGAAGUGGACCAAGACGGAGUGUAUGUUUUGAAGAAUGGAUUGUUGAAAAAUGAAAUGCGGGGAAUUUGGAUUUAGAGAUUGCUCCGUUGAUUUCAACACCAGGCUACAAAUGUAAUUUAUUUAAUGCACUCAAAACUAGAUUGAAAUAGCUUUGUUAAAGUCCAGUCUUUAUCCACUAACAGUACCUGUGUACUUUAUUAAAACCCCUCUAGCUUCUGAAGUUAUUUGGAGAAUUUCAUGACCUUUCUGUAAUUGGAAAUAGACUUGCUAAUUUUGUAGAGCACCAAAAUCCCCAUAAUUUCUUUCCAGCUCUGAGCUAAUAUUUUGAAAAUAAAUAUUGAACUGUGUGUAGUUUCAAGACCGUAACAAAGUGUUAUUGAGGCACUGUAACAAAAUCUUUCUGUCUUUUUCUAAAUGGAGUGAGCACUUACUUUUCUAGUCCGGUAUUAUGGCAGAAGGCAUAUGAGAUUAAAAAAAAAAACAGUAGCCUGUGUUUUCAGGACAGAGUAACAGAUUUCAAAAUUUCUACUUGUUUAACUGGAAGUGACCAGUCCUCGGAUAUGUGAAACGCAUGUGCAGAUUUAUACUAAAGUUGAACAAAUCAUCACAGCUACUACAUUCAGCUUCUAGAGGCUUUAAUUUCUUUUACGUUUCUGUGAUGCUUUGCUUAUUCAUUAAAUAGCAUUACAUUUCAGGGCACACUACAAGAGAUUGCAUAAAAUGAGAACAUUACUGCUUUUUGAGAGAUAAACAUCUCUCUCUCUCUCAUCUGAGUCCAACAUCCAAUACUUAUUAAUAAAGUUCACACCAGGUGUCAUUUCAAAGUGUGCCACUGUUGGUGCUUCUAUUGUUAGCAUUUGUGUGAACUUUUUAUUUUUCCGGAAUGUUUAUUGUUUUAUUUUUUUUUCAGGAGAUGCUUCCUCUCUGAGAGAAGAACUGGAUUUCAAAGUCUUACACAAAGUCAGUAAAAGUUCAUAAGCGUCUCUGCGUUUUGGGCAGAGCAGUGUGUCUUUUGUCUGUGCACUUCAAGCUCCGUGGGGAUUUAACUUGAUGGUGUGGGGAAAUACUGUACAUCCCUGUUGCACUACAUCCACACGGCUGUUAUCACCCACACAGUUGUUGGCAGGCCAGUGAUUCUUCCUCUUGCUGGAUAAUUUAGUUUUCUCCCAGAAAAGGAACUAAGUUACUUAACACAGUGCUAAACUGUGAUAGAUGGUUUCUGAACAAGGGACGGCUUAGUUAAAGAGCAGGAGGCCUUUGCUUUUAUUGUCUUUGCUGAUUUAUGACCAAACCGUGCAGAACAUUCUUGGACACUUGUUCCUUUUUUUUCUCUUUUCGGCCUUGUUAAGAAUGAGCAUCGUCAUGGUUUCCUCUUCUCAUGAUUAGCCAGUUUUCUGUCUGUGGUUGAGGCGCCUCAUAUUGCAGUUCACAUUUAUCUUAAAUACAAGAGACCAGAAGUUGUCCGUCUCUUUCUCACCUUCACGGCUUAGUCUGUUGUCGUACCGCAGUUUAAUUCUCUCACAUUUAAAGGCCACCUGACACCCUUGUACAGAUUCCUUUUUACAAAUCAAGAACCACUUCUAGGCUUGCCCAUAAUGGGUUUUUAAAACUCAAGCUAACUGUAUUUUAUUUUGUAUUUUCUAACGUGUAAGAAAAAUUUCAUUUAGAGGUUUAGCCAGAAUAUAUAAUGCAUUUCAUUGAAACAAAAUAAAUAUUAAACGAGUAGUUUUG